AUGAUGGCACACCCAUGGCCCACUGAACCCCAUGAAAAACAAUUACUACUACGCCGAUUAAAAAACAAAUACAGCCGAUUAUUUGGACCCGAACAUCUAGAAGCGGAUAUGAUAGAAUUAUCAAAACCUGAACAGAACAAGACCAAUAUUGACGUCAGACAAUAUCAUGUACAAAAUAUCGAAAUUCAUAAUAAACCGAAAAAAACAGCACAGCAACUCAAGAUCGAAGCCCAGUACGAACGUAAGAGAUCAGCACUCAGAACCAGGUAUAAACUAGAACCCACUUUUACUAUGCCUGAUACUAUAACAGCGGUGCCGAUUGUCAAGAAUCCACCCGAGCAAGAAGAGGUAGCCGCCGACACCACAGAGAACGCGCCGGCAGCUGAAGAAAUUCCAAUAAAUCAGCCAGAGGGAUCAGAAAUUGAUUUGGAAAUUAUGAUAAACCUCGAAGAGAAACAAGACAUCGAAGGAAUUGAAGACAUUCCUCCGAUAGCACCAGUCAUCAGUAACCGCGAAAGGAAGAGGUUAUUAUGGCUGUCCAAAAUACCAAAAAAACAAUGA